CCCACAAUUGCAUACAACCACCUGUUGCUGGAACGGCAUCGACUCAAAAGCCCAACUACGAAAACCGUUAAAGGGCGAUUAUUGAAACGGAGAGAUCACCGUCCUAGAGAAUUUUCUACUCAGCUAUAAAUCACAAUAUGAGCGCCUCCGUUGUGCAUCGUCACAGGUCCACUACGAAACAAUCUCACAAAUCAUUCAAGAGUCGACAUGCGACAAAAUCUUCUCUGAAAACUAAGAGUAGAGGUGGCAAGGUCGAUGAGCCAGAUACCUUCAACCGGAGAAGUCCCCACCAGCAUAUGAUGUCGAAAAUGGAUCGCCGAAAUAAAAAUCGCCAAAUAGCGCAAAACAAGCACAAGGAUCUUAUCCGUGAGACCAAAAUAUUUGAUGGGCGGAAUGGUGCUCCAAGAAUUGUUGCUGUGGUGCCAUUGUGUGAGGAUGGGGAUGCGCAAGCUGCGAUUAAGCAAUUGAAGGAGGUGGAAGGUGAUAUUCCAGAAGUUGGGGCGAUUACGACUAGAAUUGAGAGGUUCAAGCAGAAGAUACAAUGGAUUGUGGUGAAGCGGGAUUUGUUAUCCGUACUAGACGCUUGUAAGGUGGCCGACUUCGUAGUAUUAGUACUUUCCGCCAAGCAAGAGGUCGACGAGCAUGGGGAACUCCUUUUACGCAGUAUUGAAGGGCAGGGAAUCUCAAACACCAUCCCAGUGGCUCAGCAUCUCGAAACCACCGAACCGGUUAAACGGCGACCAGAUGUCAAGAAAUCUCUCCUUAGCUAUAUUUCACAUUUCUUCCCUACCUCAAACAAAAUUUACGCCCUCGAGUCUGAACAGGAGUCAUCGAACAUCAUCCGCACACUUUGCACGUCAACUCCAAAAGGUGUUCAUUGGAGAGAUACAAGAAGUUAUCUGCUUGCCGAUGAUGUGCGAUGGAGCGAGGAAGAAGGUCUCGUAAUCGGUGGUGUGGUCCGCGGGAAAGGCCUGAAAGCAGACAGACUAGUACACAUUCCCGGACACGGGGAUUUCCAGAUUGAAAAGAUCUGUGAAUACCUUGAUUCUCCAGAAUCCGUAGACGCAAUGGCCAUAGACACCGACACGCCAAGCCCCAAAGUCCUUGACGCUCCCACAGCAUCGCAAGACGACCUGGCAGACCUUGCUCCAGAAGAGACCCACAUGUCAGACACCGACAUCCCAGACACAAUAUCCGAAGCCCCUACAUCAAUGACCGCCACAUCCCGAAAGGGAGUCCUCCUAGAUGACCACCAUUAUUUCGAUGACGAAAUCGACGAACCCGUCACCGCCACCCCAGGGUGUCCAAGAAAACUCCCCAAGGGAACAUCUGCCUACCAAGCUGCCUGGAUACUAGACGACGACAUUGACAGCGAAGACUCUGGGGUAGAAGACAACAAUGAAGUCAUGAAUGUGACCUUUGAUGAGCCCCCCGUCCGGCCCGAAGACGGCGAGGAAGGUUUUGCGCCACGGGCGAUGACUGAAGCCGGCACCGGGUUCGGUGACGGCGCUGAGUCCGAGAUGUUCCUGGACCCUGCGCCGGAGCAAGAACUCCAGCAAAUUGCGGAAUUCCGCAAGUCCCGGGCGACCGAGUUAGCCGAAGAUCGGGAAUUCCCUGACGAGAUAGAGCUUCAUCCAAACGUGCUUGUCCGCGAGCGUCUCAGCCGAUAUAGAGGAUUAAAGUCCCUCCGCACAUCUCCCUGGGAAAUAGAGGAAGACCACCCCUUCCAGCCCACAGACUGGGACCGCCUGGCGAAAAUCACAGACUACAAAUCCGCCAAAAACAAGCUCACCCGUGAAGCCCUCGUAGGUGGCGUCUCAGCGGGCACAAAAGUCCAAAUCUACAUCCGAAACGGCCCCACGAACCUCGCCGACUCCCCUGCCCCCACCAACAAGCCACUAACAAUAUUCUCCCUCCUAAGACACGAACACAAACAAGCCGUUGUAAACCUCUCCAUAACUCCCUCUUCAGACCUCCUCACCCCCGUAAAAUCCAAAGACCAACUUUUGGUGCAAGUCGGCCCCUGCCGCCUCCUCACAUCCCCACUCUACAGCCAAUCCAACGCCGCAGGAAGAAACAACGUGACGAAGUUCGAACGCUUCCUAAUCCCCGGCAGAACUUCAAUCGCAACAUUCGUCGGUCCCCUGCUCUGGGGCAACGCUCCAGCUAUCUACUUCCAACGCUCUGAGCCCUCCGAGGCCUGGAACCUAGUAGGAACAGGCAGCUUCCUAUCAGCAGACCAAAGUCGCAUAAUAGCGAAACGCAUAGUUCUUACCGGCCACCCCUUCAAGAUCCACAAAAAGUUGGUGACGGUGCGAUACAUGUUCUUCAACGCGGAGGAUGUGGCGUGGUUUAAAGCGCUGCCGCUGUUCACGAAGCGCGGGAGGAGUGGAUUUAUCAAGGAAAGUCUGGGAACGCAUGGGUAUUUUAAGGCUACUUUUGACGGGAGGAUUAAUCCGCAGGAUGCUGUUGCUAUAAGCCUUUACAAGAGGGUUUUCCCGAGAGGUUCUGUGGAAUUUAGGGAGUAGGUGGCGGGGUUAACAGUGAGGUGGGAAAGUCAGCUAUACAGGCCUUUUCUUCGGCAAAAGUUAUUUAUGGGUGAUGAUUAUGGAUUGGGUUCCCUUCUUUUUUCUUCUUUUUCCGUAUCUCACUUGGCUUUCUGAAUUCCCAUCACUGGCUACUUGUGCUCGUGUCUUUUAUGUUGUAUGAUAAAGUUAUAGUCAAUAAGUCUGUAC